AUGCAAUGGUUUGGUCAUGUCCUGCGCAAGCCAUCGACAGACCUCUGCAGAUUGGUCGUGAACCCCUCUCGUAGUGCAAACUGGAUAUGCCGACAAGGCGGUCAACUGAAGAUAUGGCUCAGCACCGUCGAGUCGGACGCUGAACGGAUGGGCCUUGUCACCGUUUACGACUUGCGAAAUUCGAACAAACAAUGGUUUAACAUCUGUGGAGAGCUCGCCUCCGACCGCCGCCAAUGGGCCGCCGCUAUCCGUGACAUCCGUGAAGCCGAUUCAUUCAACAACAGGAGCUAA